UUACAGCCGCCAGUGACGCAGGGUGACCCUUCAAGUUGUCAGCCGUGUGAUGAUCGAUAUGCGACAUCAGGCGGAAAGUGCGGUGCCGCAAGCUUGGCAUGAUGUCGUUAGGACGCCACAAAGUCACAACCCUUACGAUUCCGAUCAGGUUGCCUUAUAAGUAUCUGUCAUGUCGGGACUAGAAUCUCUCUAUGCUCUUGAGUGGAAUAACAACAUAUCAGUUGCAAUCAUUACCCUGAUAUCCUAUGACUACAUGCUUCAGCUCGAGAAAGAGAUCACGUUUGUUUGGGUUAGAGCUCAACCCAAACGAUAUCAGGAUGCGACUGACUGGAUAUGCAGCAAAGACCGUGGUCAGCGAUGUCAUAUCUAUACCUUGUUGUUCGAUAUUUUGGUAUUUUGGUUGCAAUGACUUGCGCCUGCUGGGGAGGUCUAUUUUAUAUGCCU